UAUACAUGUAGCUAUUAUGCUUGUGGCAGAACAUUCGCUUCUUUAUCGCAUCUGAAGUAUCAUAUUCGGACUCACACAGGUGAAAAGCCAUAUAAUUGUGAGAGUGAAAAUUGCGGCAAAAAAUUUUCAUCCUCGGGACACCUAUUACAUCAUAAAUCCAUACAUACAGGAGAGCGACCUUUCCAAUGUCAGAUCCAAGGAUGCGUUCAGAGCUAUGUUUGGCCUGCUCAUCUGAAAUAUCAUCAAUUAAGUCAUAUCGAUGACAGACAAUUUCAAUGUCCUAGCAAUGGCUGUGAAAAGAAGUUUUACGUUUCUCAGAGGCUUGCGGUUCAUCUUCGUUCUCAUACUGGCGAAAAACCUUUCCUUUGCACAGUAAAUGGAUGCUCUAAGUCCUUUACUACCGCCGGCAAUUUGAAGAAUCAUAUAAGAACUCACACUGGUGAACGCCCAUACUCUUGUGACCAUGAUGAUUGCAAUAAACGAUUUACAGAGCUUUCUAGUUUGAAAAAGCAUAAAUUAACACAUACAGGAGAGAAGCCGUAUAGUUGCGACAUAUGCGGUAAAAGGUUUUCUCAGAGCAGCAGCCGUAACUGUCACAGACGCCGUCAU